CAUUUCUUUCAGAAAGCAUGUGCAGUUCUUAAUAUUACUAUUUCUAUCUGAAACUCAAUCUGUGAUUUACCCCUAAUGUCUGUUUGUUGGCAAUUUGCCAUUGCCCAUCAUGUUCUGGAUGGCACGCAUGGUGCUCAACAUGACUAGUUUGAUUCUGACAAAGAUCUGGUUUAGACAUACCAGGGCCAUAAGGUGAGCCUCUAACAAAGCUACCUGAAAUGAAACCUUGAGGGCUACUGGAAACGUGUAUCAAACUGUAGGAUUGUCUUCCAAGGGUUUUCCCGGCUGAAAGUCUGAAAUGCAACUGAAAGCCUGUGGGAUUGGCUACUGGUUCUGCGCUCACAAGUCAGAACUAAGGCCCAGUGCUGUGCUUUGUGGUCAACUCCAAAGUCUUGCAUGUUUCUGCCCCCUCUUGGCAUGCAUAUCUAGUGCAAGAUCUUUGUCAGUCAAGUCCACAAAGUGUCUUGGAGGAUAACAUUAUAUAUGCCCAAGAUUAGUGCUUAAUGCUGCAGUCAUGGACUCAUGGCCCAAGUUUGGUCCUGGAACAGCAUGUCAUGAGCGAGAACACCCUUUGGUCGAUUCAGAGCGGGGAGGGCGAUGCAUUGAAAAUAAAACCGUAAUAUGAUUCUUUCUUUAAAUCUUAUAUCAACACAAGCAUUCAACUAGUUUGAAGACGAACGGGCCACUUUGGCUACUUCGUGGACAAAUCCAAACUCAUGCAUAUUUCUGCCCCUCUUGGCCUCCAUAUCAAGUGCAGGAGCUUCGGUAGUCCAAGUCCACAAAGUGUUUGGACCCCAAAUCAAUCUAUUAUCUAUCCCCAAGAUUAGUGCUUAGCGGUCAGUCAUUGCCAAUGUUUGGUCGUUAGUGCAUGUCUGUGGCCAUUCUCCAAAAUGUUCGUCAACAAGUCAACAAUGCCACUAAUGUUCCCGCGAAAAAUAUAAAAAAAAUGCCACUAAUGAAGUUGCUUUGCUGACUAAGCAUACCUUCUUGGCCAUGGACUAAACUGUGAGUUAGUUUACAGUAUAGGGAUGGCUAGUUAUAAAGACCGCAGCAAGCAAGGAGCUGAAGAAAUACGCACACAUCUUGCUCCCAAACCUACAGCCUAGAAUUCACGGCAUAAUCUGAAACCCUUUUUCUUCCAAAUGGGCUGCUACUUGUUAUGGAGAUGUUUGUUCCUAGUCCUCUCUGUAGUGUGCCCCAUGUUUCUGAGUUCUUCGGGCUGUUUCAUGGAGGAGAGAGCAGCCCUCAUGGAUAUUCGCUCUUGGCUUGUGAAUGCAGAGUCCAAGGCUCCCAGUUCUUGGGGAGACGGUGGUGACUGCUGCUCGUGGGAAAGGAUAAUGUGCGACAACACCACACACCGAGUGUCUCGUCUCAAUCUUUUCCAAACCUACCAAGAAAACCUACAGUAUUGCGAAGAUGAAUGCCCGAACCUUAACUUGACGAUCUUUUCUUCGUUUCGGGGGCUUCAACUACUGAAUUUCUCUGGACAUCACGCUUGUUUACAGAAUUUUGAAGGUCUCCAAGGAUUGAGUAAGCUCAAGUAUCUUGACCUCAGUUACAACAGUUUUCAAGGUGGGGGUAUCCCAGGAUCUGUUGGCAAAUUGGUUUCUUUAGAAGUCAUAAAUCUCAAUGGAAACAACAUAGGUGGGACUCUUCAUAGUACAGAUUUCAGAAAUCUCCGUAAUCUGCGUGAAUUGCAUUUGGGAUCCAGUCAACUAAGGGCAUGUACAAAGGAAGCAUCACCUUCGUAGGUGCUUUGGGGAGGAUUUUUUAGACGCGGGGGCUGUUUCCUCGCCUAGGUGCUUUGCCCCAGCAGCUUCUGCAAACUAUAGGCGGCGUUUUUCGGUCAGGGCAGUGACCAGACCGUCCGUCCGGACGUUUGGGGAGGAUUUGAGGGGUCCGGUUGUAGAUGCUCUAAGAUAGACAUUGCUACCCCCUUCGAUCCAUAUUUAUUGAUGCAGUCCUAGUACAACUUUAUCCAA